AUGCGUAUUGGACAAUCAAUUUGGUCUCGAGAAGACUUUAAUCUAAACAAUCCAACAAGUUCAUUGGUACUUUCAACAAAAGCUAAUAAUUUGAUAAAACUUCGGUCUGCUGCAGAAUUCAAUCGUAGUUUCGAUACGCAUAAUGAUGAUAAUGAACAAGAAAUUAUCUUGCCACAUGGACAUUUAAUAAAUUCAAGUAAAAAUCUUUUUUCAAAUCUACAGUUACGUAGUCGUAUUUAUGAACAACAACAAUUCGUAUCAAAUGAUGGUACAGUUAAAACAGUUUAUUAUUUUCGUGCAACAAGAAUAUGUGUUGAUGAAUCUGGUCCAUUUUGGCCCAUGACAUUUCCUAUAAAACAUCCAACACCAUCAUUUUUAUCUUUUACACGAAAUGAAAAAAAAUAUCGUUUAAAAGAAUAUUAUUAUUCACACGAUAAUCAUUUUUUAGGUAAAAAUUAUCAACAAACAUAUGAUAAUCAACCAGUUGUAUUUAAAUAUACCGAUACUUUUAAACAUCCAAUUCUUGUUUAUGAUAUGGAUAAAUCACCAAGACAACAACAACCUAAAGCAAAUGAAAGUGAACAAAUGUGUCCAUCGUUAAUAUUUGAAUCACGUUUUGAAGGUGGAAAUUUAAGACAAGUUAAACGUGUAGGUCAAUUUGAAUAUGAACUUGUACUUCGACCUGAUCUAUACACUCGACGACAUACACAAUGGUACUAUUUUCGUGUACAAAAUAUGAUUGCUAAUAUAACAUAUCGUUUUCGAAUUAUUAAUUUGGUGAAAAAAUCUAGUCUAUAUAACGAAGGUAUGCAAAUUCUUCUUUUUUCGGAUGUAGCCGGGAAAAAAGAACUACGCGGUUGGCAUCGUGUUGGUCAUCAUAUUAAUUAUGUAGAAUAUAAACAACGCACUUAUAAUCCUUUACUUGAACGAGAUAUUAAUUAUUUUGAACUUGAUUUUCAACUUGAAUUUGCCCAUACUGGUGAUACAUGUUACAUAGCACAUUGCUAUCCAUAUACAUUUUCUGAUCUCAAGGACGAUUUAGAUUAUUUAUCAUCAAUACGAUCACAAGAAGUUUUUCGUCGUGAUAUUUUAUGUGAAUCUCAAGCAGGAAAUUCAUGUUUCAUUGUAACUGUAACUGAUGAAUCGGUACCGAUAAGUCAAAAAAAGUUUGUUUUUAUAACUGCACGAAUACAUCCAGGUGAAACAAAUUCAAGUUAUAUGAUGCGUGGUGUACUUGAAUUUAUUACAUCAGAUGAUAAAGUAGCUCAAAAAUUACGUUCACAAUUAGUAUUUAAAAUUGUACCAAUGCUUAAUCCUGAUGGUGUUAUUAUUGGUAAUUAUCGAUGUUCAUUAACUGGAAAAGAUAUGAAUCGUAAUUUUCGUCAUCCACGUAAACAAACUUUUCCAACCAUUUAUCAUAUGAAACAAUUAAUGCAAGAUUUACAAAAAGAACAACAUGAAAUCUUAGCUUUUUGUGAUCUUCAUGGUCAUAGUCGUAAAUCAAAUGUAUUUGCUUAUGGUUGUGAUGGAUGUGAUGGACCACAACCAGAUAUGAAAAAUUUUUUAAGUGCACGUGUUCUUCCAUAUAUUAUGUCGAGAACGGCACCGGAAAUGUUUUCAUUUGAUUAUUGUAAAUUUCAUAUACAUCGAUGUAAAGAAUCUACAGGGCGUGUUGUUAUGUGGAAGGAAAUGUUAAUUAAAAAUAGUUUUACAUUAGAAGCUUCAUUUGCAGGAUCAAGUAUUGUAGAAAAAUCAUGUCAUUUUAAUAUCCAAGAUUAUGAAAAAUUUGGACAAUGUAUAUGUCAAUCAUUAAGACAAUAUUUAGAUAUUCUUUCCGAUUCAACACGAUUGGAUUCCAUAUUUUUGGAUAUAACAAAAAGUGUUCUUCGUAAAUUAGGAAAAGAAAAAAUUCCACCUACUUUAUUACCUGCUGUUUAUCCAGAAGAAAAACAAACUGAAGAACUACAAAUAUCAAUUACUUCAGUUGCUAGUUGUUUACAAGUAUUAUCACAAUGUCAUGAUACUAUUAAUGAACAAGAUGUAUCCAGUUCCAGCGAUUCAGAUAGUGAUCCUGAAGGUGGUGAAUUACCUGAUAUUCCAUAUCAAAAAGAAGAACAAUCACCAAAGAAAAAAUUAAAAAAGAAACGACCAGAAAAAAUUAUUGAAGAACGUGUUCAAAGAUUAGCUCGUAAACGAGAGGCAAACGAAGAAUCUAAUGUUAUUAGCAGUGCUAGUUGUGCUAAUGGUACUAAUGGUACUAAUGGUACUAAUGGUAUCAAUGGUACCAAUGGUACCAAUGAUACCAAUGAUACCGGUCGUCGAAUACGUGUAUCUUAUCCAUAUACAUCGGAAAUCGAUAUGAGUUCACAAUUAAAACUUACACUUGCCGUUGAUCAGAUGGACAAAGCAGUCCGUACAUUGCCACCACGAGGUACUCUAUUUACAAGUAAAUAUGCUAAUCGAAGUGGACAUGGUAUACCAAUUUUUACUACUGAACGAGCACUGGAACGAAAACAGAAAAUAUGCAAUUCAUCUUUUCAAGAAUCUCUGUUGGAACGACAAUCGACAGAUGAUGGUGAUACUGAUAUUGAACCAGGAGAACGUUUACAAUUGGAAACAUCAGCCAUUAUUGAUUCGAAUGUUUCAACAACCACAAUAAAUAAUACAGCAGUUAAACGAACAGCUUCAUUUGUUUCUUUAACUCUAAAUGAUUUACCAUCUCCAUCAAAUGAUCAAUCUAUACCAACAAUUAGCGGUACAAUAUCAUCACAAACAUCAAUUUUUAAAACUUUACCACCACGUCGACUACAACAUAUACAUCGUCGUCAACAUCAACCAAUCCAACAAAAUAAAUCAUCAAAUGUUACUGAAAAUGAUCGUAUGCCAAAUCUAUCACCAUCAACUGUUACAAUGCCAAAUCUUAUGGAAUUAGCAAAUCGUUCAUCACCACUUCUAGUACUUCCUUCAUCAAUGAAUAAUAGUGAUCUAUCAAUGAUAGAUCCGUCAGGUAAAUUUUCAUAUGAAACGUUAACUGAUUCAAAUGGUGUUAAGCAUCAUCGAUUAUAUACUGUAACUGAUAAUCUUCUUCGUCCAUUUUCAAAAAAUGAAACAUCUUUAUUACGAAGUAAUACUGGAAUGAGUACGAAAAUGCCAGCAGUUAAUACUAAUAGUGGAAAUCAUAAAAGAUCAGCUUCACAAAAAGUCAAUAAUCAUUUAACACAACCACCUUUAGCAACAAUUGAAUCUGUAUUAAGAGAACGAUCAAUGCUCAUUGCUAAUGAAAAUACACAUCAACCAGAUGCUAUGGAACGUGUUAAUCAUAUUCUUAAACAACUUUAUUUACCAUUAGAAAAAAAUAAAAAAUCAUAA